AUGGCGCAAGGUGCUAACCCAGGCAGCGUCGCUGUCGCGAGCUUCGCCAACAUGUUCAGCGUCGGAACCACCUACGCCCUUAGCAUCCUCCAGGCGGAAGUACACAGACUCCUAGGCAUCCAUCAUGCCUGGUCCUAUGCUCCAUUCGCCUUUGCAACAAUUGGUCUGUCUAUCGGCGUUGCAACGUGCACCUCGUUAACUGAGCGAAGUAGCGCUCGAACCGUCGCAGCAGCUGGUACUAUUCUCUGGGGUCUUGCAGUCAUUCUUGCAGGCCAUUUCCUAGCAUCUUUAUCCUUCGAAGGCAUCAUCGUCUCUUUCAUGAUCGGUGGAAUUGGAGUUGGAUGGACAUACCUAGCUGUCGUUGUGUGGAUCGGGGAGAGUCUUCCAGCGCAGUCUCUAGCGAGAACCGCCAUCGGGCCUCUGGGCUUUUCGUCUGGGGCUGCAGCGUGCACGAUGGCUUCACAUUUCUUCCAAGUCGGCAGCCUCAAUGGAGCUGAGAUCGGAACUGCCCUGAAAUGCGCAGGAUCAGGGUUCAUCACUGUGGGCGUAACGACACUCAUUCUCGUCCCAGGAGACGGCAAUAUAACGACGCACACACCGAACUAUCCAGCGAAGCCACCACCAUCCUUCAACCGCGCGUUCUUCCAGCUGCUGCUAUUCAUGAAUUCCCUCCCAGGAAUGGCCCUCUUCGCUUCUCUUCUCCCGGUCGUCUCAAACCACACUCGCUUCGCUACUGGAUUCACCCUUCCCUGCUGUCUGAUGGCACUCGCACUUGGAGGCCUGCUAUCACCAACCCUCAGUGCGCGACUCAGCCCAAGAACACUCUUCAUGUCCCUCUUCUGCCUCCGAGGCCUGCUCCUGACUACGUUCUCUCAAACAAGACACCCAGCGGUGUUUCUCGCAACUGUUGCAACCGUGUUCUUUGCCCAUGGACUUGGGUUCAGCACCCUUCCUGGUAUUAUCAAUAGCCGACUUGGUCCUGAUGCUGUGUUCUCUCAUCACUAUGGCUUAAUCCUUACAACAUGGGGUCUGGCCGGCGUUGUUGGGAGUUUGCUUAAUGCCUUCCUCGCUUCCUCCGGAGAUUUCACACCCGUCAGCCUUGUCCUGGGUCUCGCUAUGCUUGCUUUUGGAUGUACUUUGGGUUGGACCUCGCUGUUCCCCUGCCAGUGCAUCAUCAAUUAG